GCUUCAUCGUCUUCAAGUUGGACGAAAGCAACAACCAGUUACAAAUAAAAACCACUUCUCCGAUCACUGGUGAUGUUUCGUUGACUGUCGCUCAGGCGAAACAACAAUCACUUGAAAAUUUGCCCUCUCCUGCAUCACCGACUAUCCCGGGUGUCUCUGUCUUUACACUUACAAUCAAAUCCAAUUCCGAAGAUUUUCCGUCUCAGACUUUUAUCACCAGCGACAUACAGAAGUUACAGAAAUUUUCAGCCGAGUAUCGUCGUUUGAAAGCCAUAGCUGCCUCCAGGAAGUUGAACACGUCUGACAACUUUCUUUGGUUGCGCCCCUAUCAAAUGGCUCUACGAACCAAGGUAGUUGAUCUCCGUACCAAGAUAAUACCCCUGCACGAACGGCUCUCAAAAGCAACUGCCGGACUCCCUGGAAAUGAUCUUCGAGACAUCUCAACAGUGCGCGACGAAUGGAUACGCAAAGCCUCAACUGCAAAGGCUACUGUAGGAACCAAGUCUUUGCGCUUGCGCUUGGGGUCUUUCAAUGUCAACGGGAAGAUUCCCUCACAAGACUUGUCGCCCUGGCUUCGGGGGGUCGCGGCUAAGAAAACCACUGGGCAGCCCUGGAUUGCCCCUCUGGAGCCGCUAUCUCCUUUGGGGCCUUUGUGCGACUUGCUGCCAGAAGAGAAAGAUGAAGAUGACUUGUUAACCAAGUCCUCCGCCAACGCCACCCCCGAAAUGAAAGGGGCGGACCCUGAUAUUUUCGUUCUGGGAUUUCAGGAACUUGAUAUGUCGACUGAGGCUCUUCUAUAUGCAACAAGUCCCAUAAAGGAAGAAAUGUGGAUGACGGCAAUCUUUGCAGGACUUGGCGAAAAAGGCAUACUCUAUGAGAAGUUGGUUUCGACGCAGCUAGUUGGAAUGCUACUGAUAGUAAUUGUCAAGAAGGCACUACGUUCGUGCUUCAACGACGUCCAGUUCUGUCAUGCAGGCGCAGGCAUUAUGGGUUUUAUGGGGAACAAAGGUGCCACAGCUGUGAGAUUGGAGUUCACUCCAACUUCAUCCGGAGUAUCAGAACUGGCGUCCACACAACCCAUUGCACUGACUUUUGUGAACGCACAUCUGGCUGCGUUCGAUGAGAUGGUGGAAAGGCGGAAUUACGACUUUCACGAUCUCUCGGCACGCUUGACUUUCCCGUCUGCCGGAGGCACCGGGUACGAUGACACGCUCAAUCUUUAUCAAUCUGAUGUGCUUUUCUGGAUGGGUGAUCUCAACUAUCGGAUAAACCUGUCAGAUUCAGACAUUAGAGCUAUCCUAACUUCCUACCCUGAUAGUGGCGUGCAACACAUAGUUGCAUAUGACCAGCUACGGAAUUCCAUACGCUCUAACGAGGCUUUCUCUCACUUUGUGGAGCACCCUAUCACCCACUUUCCGACAUAUCGAUAUGGCGCAGGUGUGUCGAGAGAUCUGCUGGGUUACGAUACCAAGCGUAAGCCCGCUUGGACGGAUCGGAUAAUGUAUAUGCCGUCGCCCGACAUCGAUCUCAAACAACUAGGGUAUGGAAGCCACCCGGAGAUCACGUUGAGCGAUCACCAACCUAUAUCCGCCGACUUUCACAUACCGGUAGCGAUCAUCAAUAAAGGGACAUACGAGGAACAUACAUGUGGACUCCACCGAGAGCUGUCUGAAUACGACCAAUCUAAGAAACCACGCAUCAAAGUUCAAACGGCGAACCUCGAUUUCGGUCCGAUCUUUUAUAGACGUCCUACUAAAAAAGCUCUAGUCUUGCUGAAUGACGGUGAUAUACCCUGCGUGUUUCGGUUCUUGAGUGCUGCGCCCGAUACGCCUGUGGCUCCGUCUUGGCUUCACAUCGAGCCCAUGGUGGGUUUACUCCGACCAAAGGAGACGGUGGCAGUUACCACUGUUGUCUACGUAGAUGAUGCUGCCGCGUCGAAGCUCAACCUCCGUCCACCUAAACUAGAAUGCACUCUCAUCCUGCACACUGCUCUUGGAAAAGACCACUUCAUCUCGGUAAGCGGAGAUUACCAAUACACGUGUUUCGUAAACACGCUGGAGCGACUUGCACGCUUGCCGGGGCCCAUUAGGAAUCUGAAGACCCCUGAAGACCUCAUGCCGAGCACGCAGGCUCUCAAUGCACCCAGAGAGAUUAUGAGACUCAUUAAUUGGAUGAUGACCAACUCGUCGUCAGAAACUGACACGUUUUUUGGACGACCAGCCAGGCGGAAACUGUGUACAGUCAUACGCGAGUGUCUCGAUACGGGAGAAGAGUUUCCAACCGUAACUGCCGAAAGUGAUCGCAGUGAUCUCUGUGCAGCAGUUGCUUCUACGCUUGUGGCAUUCCUGGACUCCUUAGUGGUCCCGGUGAUUCCUCCGUCUCUCCAAGCGAGAUGUCUGCAAGUGAGGGACAGGGAAACCGCCUUUGAAAUCGCAGACAUUCAGACACCUUUCACCAAGGUUUGGAUAUCACUGACGGCUUUCCUGCAUUACGUCGGGCAGCAAGGUUCCGCGUCGGGGAAGGCUGGGUCCCGGAGCAUCAGUUCCAAAGCUCUUCAUCUUGCCAUGCUCUUCGCACCUAUUUUACUUCGAGAUGACCCAUCCGGAGAAUUUCCCAGGGUAUCACCUAUCGGAAAACGCGACUUCCUCCUCUAUUUCAUUGCUUAGCAUAGACAGCUUCAACAAUGAUUUAUAGAUGUCGGUAUUCAUUAACUCGCGUUAUUAGUUAUUGUACAAGGUAUGCUACUUCUUCUGUGUCCAAGGGCGUCUAGUUUAGAACAUCUUCCUGUAUCGUCUCUUCUCUUUUUCCUCCAUCUCUCUCACGUGUGCCUUGAUCCUAGUAAUCUCGUUCUGGGUACCAGGGUCGGGGAAUAUCUUGUUGGCCUCCGCGAGAUCAUUCAAUGCGAGGUCAUGAUCUCCACGCAAAUUGUGUGCCAAUGCACGGCGAUAGUAUGCCAUUGCUGGGUAGAGGUCACUCGGUGUAGGAUACCAACGAGAAAAUGACGAACCUUGGAACUUUGGUUCUAACAAAUCCAAGUAUUCCUCUAUUACCUGAUUCGUAUUAUCCAAUACGAUUGCAGCAUCGGGUGGCUGCACGCGCAGAGCAGCUUGUGCGGUUGUGAGCAUCAU